CACAAGAAAUACAACAGCAGCAGUACAGCAAACAAACAAACAAACAAACACUAAAUACUGGUGUGCAUCAUGACUUGGCAUGCCCAACUUGCACUGGUGCUGGCCUUGGUCUGCCUGGUGUCGGCCAAGUGCACCGGCAUGUCGGAUGACUGCUCCUCCAACCCAAUCCCGCUGCGGCAAUUCAACCCCCUCAACUUUCACCCUGCGACGUGCAACCUCAAGUGGAAUCACGGCUGCACCAUCAAAAAGAAUGGCCAGCUACAGCAGAAGCCCCCUCCUUUCUUACUAUGCAAUGCGUGGCAGCAGCCGGCCGGACUGAUACCCGUCGAUGCCUACACGCUCGCGAUGCAGAAGAAGGACAGUGACUCCCCACAAGACUCGGCUGACUUCACGCUGCACGGCCUGUGGCCUGGGUCGGCGGGUGGCACUGGCGCCAAGAACCAGCCCUACGGCUGCCUGAACGGCGAGGAAUUCGACGAGUCAAUCCUCAAGACCUUUGGUGGCCUGCUGAGCUACUUCUGGCCGACGAACCCAAAGUUCAAAAACACAAUGCAAUGCUUCAUCCUAUCCGAGUGGAUGAAGCACGGCACCUGCGCAGUUAUCCCCGGCGCUGAUGGCAAAGCAUUCCGGCUGUCUCAGGAGGCCUACUUCCGCACGGCGUUUGUGUUGGCCAAUGAGUUCAAUGCAAACGCGGCGCUGCGCAAGCAGCUUGAGGAACCAGGUUCGGAGGAACUAGAGCCUCUUGUCAGCCCCCGAUGCGUGCAGUGUGCGUACCUAGCAACAGUAGGCUGGAAAGGCACCGAUGUACAGAGCGUACCGCGCAUGUCGGGUGACUGCAUUGAUCAGUGCUUUGCGUGCGGUGACAGCUGGGACAUAUGCCCGGCAGUGCAGCUGGACAGCACUGUAGAGCUUGACCCCAGCAAUGCACCAGUGGAGAAUAGUGACAGUGACAGCGACAGUGGCAGUGGCAGUAACAACGACGGAAUAGCAAGCUUCCCGGUGCUGGAAUUUGCCAUGCCAGCCUUUAUGAGCAGUAACAACACCUCGCCCUGGGAGGGCACCUGGCGCUCAUUUGGCGCCGAGCAGGGAGGGUCUGGCAAGUUCGAGUUUGCGCAGACCUUUACUGACAAGGUCCUGACGGUCACUACCGAUAGUCCAUACCCACAGACGUGUAACUACGAGCGGCGUGGCCCUAAGGAGCUGAUACUGCGAUGCGGUGGCAAUCGCCUGGAGGGCUGCUUGGUGCAGCGGCUACCAGAUAUUGGCGGGCUCGAGGCGGCCUUCCUGGCCUGCAACCACACCGGAGAACCGGCGCCAGCAAGCUUCUACGCCGCCAUGGACACACCUGGUUGCGGUAACUUUCUCAUGUUCCGCUGUAAGGCGUCGGCGGCAGGUUGUUCCUUUUCUCCGGAUGCUAUCUCGGCGGCCAGCAGCAAGGCGUCCAAGUCUGAGACCAAGACCAAGUCUGCAUCUCAGUCUAAAUCUAAGCCUAGCCCUGUUGGCCACUCCCAGCCGGGUAUUGCCGGAGCACCCACUACGCUGCUGGGCUUAUGGCGUUCACUCCAGGUGUCUAGCCACUAUGAAGAGGGCCUCGCGAACUGGAGUUUCACAUCUGAUGGCCAUGCGUCGCUGAAGUGGCCAAACCACCCUGACCGCGGCGUGGAACGCUACUCAGUCUCUCACUCUAGAGAGGAUCCUAGCCAGGUGCUCCUUGCUAGCACCAGUGGCACUGUAACUACCUGUCGCUUCCAGUUCCAGUACCAGCCAGUGUACUCAUACGCCGUGCUCGACUGUACAGCAGGAGACAAGAAGACGCAAUGGGCCAUGGGUCGAUGCAAUCCAUGCAGCGCCGAGUGUCGCUACUCAUGCAGUGCUGAGAAUGAUAACUGCGGCGCCGGCUCGUGCGACCCCGCCGAGUCUGUCGAGACAUCUUAUGCUGGCGCCCUGCCCUCGCCCCGGGACGACAACGGCCAUAGGUGGUGCACUCCCCAAGACCCCAGCUGCUGGCCUACCAAGACGGCCAUCGACAAGCUAGAGAAGGCUCUAGACCCUACAGUGCCCCGACUUGGCGUCCAGUGGAGCAGCUACCCGACACCACAGCCAGCGCCAGUACCAACAGGCUCUAUCAACAACCAGGGCUUCUACGGCCUGGGCAGCAAGGGCCUCAAGGCGCUGUACUAUUACGAGGAUGUCGCUGAGAUGCAGCGCCCGUGCUUUAACCUCAAAGAUGGCGUUACUAUCUGGAACACAGCGUCCGACAUGUGCAAGGCGGCACUGCACCAGAACGAGUACCGCAAUUGGAACCCCUUUAUCGUCGUCUUCCCUCUUAACCAGCGCCAUGUGGCUGCAGCUCUUGAAUUCGCCGCGCAGCAUCGCUUGUGCAUUGCUACUGCCGGCACAGGCCAUGAGUAUAACAGCCGCAACUCCUGCCCGACUGGCGGAAUCCUCAUCCGCACGAUCCUGCUCAAGGACAAAGAAUUUAUUCCCACUUGGAGCGAGGACCAGGCGUUGGCCCCUGCUGGCGCAUUCCGCUUUGGCGCUGGCUCCAUCUUCGCUGAGAUGCAUGCCUUCUCGGCCAAGUACGACCGUGUUGUGUCAUCAGGCUGGUGCUCUACUGUCGGUAUGGCUGGCUUCCAUCUCGGCGGCGGCCACGGGCCCUUUGCACCGUCCAUGGGCCUUGGCGUCGAUAACGUGCUGGAGAUUGAAGUUCUGCAGGUCGGCCGAAGCAUCCACGGCCAGACUGUCGUGCACAGGAAGAUUGCCAGUCGUCGCCAUAAUCCGCAGCUCUUCUGGGCCAUGCGCGGUGGCGGCGGCGGCGUCUGGGGCGUCAUUCUCUCCAUGACGAUCCGCGCCCAUGCUGUGCCUGAUGGAGGCCUCAGUCGCGUCUUCAUGUCCCAAACUGGCACCUUUUGCCCAGGCUCGAAGAAGUUUGGCUAUGAAUGGCUGCGCGACAUGUGGACUCGCUUCGCCGAGUGGCAGCUGAGGCUAAACCAAAAGGUCAGCACGCAGCCCGCCUUCUUUAUCGACACCAGCAAGUACAAGAAGGGCAACCUCUGCACAGUCACCUGGAACUUCACCUUUGAGUACUUCUACACUGGCGGUCAGAAAGAGCAGGACUAUAUUCGGUUCCGCGACAGCCUCAAGGACGUGCUGCAGACAAAGUCUGUGCAGGAGAAUAACUUCAAGUCGGCCUAUGACUACCUCCUCUCUAUGCCUCCCAACAAGUUUCAAAUCGCUGUGAUGAACCCGCUGGCAGCUCCACACGAGCCCUCCGAUGCGGCUACCGGCUCGCAGAACUCGGUCCUUGUCUCGCGGGAAGCCGUGGAGACAAAAUUCGCCUCGACUAUGAUGGACGUGCUGGACAUCUGCGUCGAGACCCUCAAGACUCCUGAUAAGACAUCGCCGGAUCCAUCGGGUUAUCGCUGCGGCUUCCACUUCAUCUAUACGUCGAUGACAGGCAAUCUGGGGAGCACCAGGCCGGGCGACACGGCCAUCUCGCAAGGCUUUCGCUCGGCCCUCAUGCUGUGGAAUGCGCGCACCUUGACGACGAAGCAGUCGGAUGACACGAUCUAUAAGCUUGGGCCGAACAGCUACUUCUCCGAGAGCUCGUAUGUGAUGCACAACUGGACGGAUAGGUACUGGGGCCAGAAGACAUACAAGCAGUUGCUGGCUGUAAAGAGGGCGCACGAUCCAGGAAAUCUCUUCUGGUGCCAUCAUUGUGUUGGUGAUAAUCCCGAUGAUCCAUAUGGGAACCCGCUGGGUGUUACGAAACCGCAGGGUGUUGCGGGUGAUUCUCAUAAGAAAGAUGAGUUGUAGUGGUAGCGUUGUGUGCUGGCUGAGAUAAGGUAUUGUGUGAAGGGUUUAGCUAUGCCUCUAGUAGCCGAAGAGGCGCACAGUCCAAAACACUUACUUGGAUACUAUAUGUCAGUUAAUCUAGUCACUGCAAUACCCCCUAAGUCACAGUCUUUCACUACAAUGUGCCAUAACAAUUCAAUGCCAUCUUCUGGACCUCGGUUUGGUGGCUAAUACUCUCUGCCUGUGUCUCCCAUCCUGACACACUUUAUCAUUGGUACCUUGAGCUUCUAUGUCGCUCGCCUGAUUUGACCUCUUCUCUGACAACUACCAACGAUGCAAAAUACCAGUCCC